UUCUUGUGUUCCCGCGCGUCCUUGAACAGUAUGAUACAAAGAACAAAGUCCAUCCUUAACCCAAAACCUGCUCAUCCACGUAUCUUUUGGAUCCACGGCAGACUGCACCAGCAGCACCAUGACACAAGAGCCGUUCUCCAGAAUCCACAAGCACCAUUUCACCAUUUCGAUUAGUACUUGUCCAACUAGCUACCGUAGCUGUCGAACAGCACCGUACGAAAAAGCUACAAUACAACCAUGCCCUCCACGAAACUAAAGCGUUGGUCUCCCAUGGCGUGUCUUCCCGUGGCAGCAUUGACUCCGUCCGGAUUGUUGGAAAUGGACGUCAAAGACGGCGAAGUGGAAUUGAUGCGUCGAGGAGACAUGGAUCUCCGCUCGGACAUGGCCGAUCCCAUGGUCCCCUUGAGCAGCGACGGCAGUGGUGCCGCUUCCACAUCCGGCUUGAAAUGGAUUGAUCGCGAUGACAAUCUACAAGUCUCCUUGACGACGCAUCGCAUCGUGUUUUUUGCUACGUCUGAUACUUCUGACAAUCAACGCAAUGCCCGCUUUUUGCACUUGUCCCAUCUCCAUCAAGUCACCAGCGUGGCGGGGGGCAUGAUGAGUGCCUUUUCGGCACCUCGAUUGACGUUGCAUUCGUAUAUGGGAGAUUUGUUGCUCAUUUUUCGAGAAUCGGGAGCCGCCAAGGAUCGAGACGAUUUGCUCAAAUUUCUGCAACGAGCCAUGGAACGCAAGGCGUGGGAAACACAGCAACGAUUGCAAGAAAAGAAUCGAGCAUCACAGGCCAUUGCCUCUCGAAAAGUGGGAGUGGACGCCAUCAUCACCAAAUCCAAUCUCCGACACAAGGAAGCUGCACGGUUAACUGAAGAUGCGUUCAAAGGAGACGCGGAAACCCUACUGAGAGAAGCAGCACAAUUGGUAAAGGUCAUUCAGAAGUAUGCAACUACCUUGGAAAAGGGGGAACUGGGAGAAGGAGAAGACACGACACGACUUUCCGACAUGAUGGAAAACAUGGGCAUGACCAGUGCCCUCUCACGACAAAACUAUAGAGGAGGCACGUCUUCUUCCGGAGUGGCAGAUGAUUACACCACAACCCUCGCACGACAACUCGCCGACUUUUUACGUCCCCGUUUGAAAGCGUGCGGAGGGCUCAUGACACUGACGGACAUUUAUUGCAUUUACAAUCGAGCGCGAGGGACCAAUCUGAUUUCUCCCGAGGAUUUGUUGGAUGCCGCGGGGUGUAUGAAGAGUCUCAGAUUGGGCAUGUCCGAACGGACGUUUCCCAGUGGUGUCAAGGUAGUCCAAAGUGACAAUUUUGAUGAUACCCGCAUGGCGAUUCGAUUGAAGGAAUUGGCCGAAGAACAACUCACGGUUCGCACUAGUAGUAGUGCCAAUGGUGAUGAAGGGUUGACCGCCAUGCAAGUCUCUCGCACAUUGCACAUUUCCGCAUUGCUAGCACAAGAACAAUUGCUGGCAAGUGAAAAGCUGGGGUAUCUGUGCCGAGAUGAAACGUUGGAAACCACGCGGUUCUUCCCCAAUCUGUUUGAAGACUACUUGAAGCAAUAUUCAACAACCGCAAAACAAUAGUGAUCGAUAGUAGACCUAAUAAAGUAAGUCAAAUUCAACACUU